CACACACACACACACACACGCACACACACUCAGACAUGUAAACCCGUCCCACGCUUGGGUGUGGCUUCUCUCUCACACACGUGAUGCCUCAUGUUGACUGACACGCAAUCUCCUGUGCUUUCCUCUCAAAGACGUUGAGAUACUUCAUUUGCCAUCUGGCAUCUUCACCCAUGAAAACGAGAUAUACAAGAGGAUAUGGGGGACCCCACUAAACGUGAGACGGAGUGCUGGAGCAGCGCAGCUAGACAGGUGUUUUGUGGUGUUGUUGUCUCUGCUGCCAUGUUGGAAGUCGGUGCGGUCGUGGCAUGGCCCGUCGUCCUGCCUGGAUUGCAAAGGGACAACGACACGAGUCUAGUCGUCACAGAUGAUGACGUCAAGUGGUUAGUAUCAUCCACGGGGAUCGUGGGAAUGGUCACCAACCUCUUCGCCGGAUCCAUCAUGGAGCUGGUAGGCCCUCGCCUCCUCCUGACCAUCGUCCUGUUGCCUUCCACUGUCUCCUGGCUGCUGCAAGCCCUGACGCCUUCGCUGACGCUGCUCUAUGUCGGGAGAGUAAGCGUCAGCCUCAUCGCCAGUUUCAUCACGACGCUGACAAGCCCUCUGAUGGCGGAACUCUUCGAGCCGCGGCUCCGAGGUCGUCUGUGCAGUCUGCCGGAGAUAUUCGUGUCGGCGGGGCUGCUGGCGGUGUACAUUCUGGCGCAUAACUUCUCGUGGCAGGUCGUGACGUGCCUCUGCGCUGCUCCUCUGCUGCCGCUGUUCUUUCUGACGAUGCUGGUGCCCGAGUCCCCCUUUUGGCUGGUGCGUCAUGGUCGUUUGCAAGAAGCGGAGGCAGCUAUCCACACCCUCAGGGGUUUUAGGAGAUCUGUCAGGACAGAAGAAUUAACAAAUAUCCGCAAUUCUAUUCAAGAAUAUCCUCAGACUACCAUCUUCGAGCAGAUGAAACAGCUCGGAGUGGUUCAUCACUACAGGCCGCUGGCCCUCCUGCUGGGCAUUUUCAUUCUAAGAGAACUCGGAGGACAAUAUGCCGUCUUCUCGUACACGCUGUAUCUCUUCAGUCGAACUGGAGUCAGCCUAGAUUCGUACACUUGCGCCGUUCUGGUUGGAGUCGUUCGUCUUGUUUCGACGAUCAUCUCGUCCUCCCUCUUAGACCGUGUGGGUCGCCGCCCUUGUCUCAUAGGCGCCUGCUUGACGUGCGCAAUUGCUGCGGGCGUGGGAGGCACUUUCGUUCUUCUCGAAGAGGUGGCUGGUAGUGCCACUUGGGUGCCACUUGCCUCGGUUCUGGUAUUCGUGUCGGCCUAUGGGCUUGGCAUUGGCCCUGUGCCUUGGGUGCUAUUGGGGGAAUUACUUCCAACACCCGUGCGCUCUCUCGGCGCCUCCAUCUGCACCUUCAGUUACGCCGUCAUGCAGUUCACGGUAGGCUACGUCUUUCCGGAACUACUGUUAGCCGUAGGAGUGGGAGGAGCCCUGCUGGUCUUCGGAGCGGUCAAGAUGAUCCUGACGGUUGUCCUGUGGCUGUUCCUGCCGGAGACACGAGGACAAUCCUUACACGAGUUGCAGGAUGCUUUCAACCCGGAUCCCCCCGACCGCCCCCUCGUUGACGUCGCUACGAACCAUAUCAUUGUUGAUGAUGUUACGAGUUCAACUGGGGAGCUGGAGGACUAAUGGUGGCGACGCUAAGACUGGAAGAUGAAGAGCUAGAU